GAGAUGGGCCAGAGAUAAAAAUACUCAUAUGACAUAAAGGCCACAAAAACCUCUUCUCAUUUAACCUUCUCUAUGAUAUUUUCCUUCAAAGAAAAAAACAAAUCCAUUUCAUUUUCAUCACAAUGUCUCUUCCCAUUUUCUUUUUCUUUCUUAUAUCAUCACUGUUCUUCAAGCUUUCAUAUUCAACCACAGUUCUUGUAGAUGGAUCUUUAGAGUGGAAGAACCCCACUGUUUAUAUUGGUGACUCCAUCAUUUUCAAGCACAAGCAGCACUAUAAUCUCUGCAUUUUCAAGAACCAGAAAGCCUUCAAUCUCUGCAAUUUCACUGAAGCUACACUUCUCACUGAUCCCAACACUACUUCCUAUACGUGGCACCCUUCUCGCGUUGGUUUCUUCUACUUCACCUUCUACAAUGACUCACUCAAAGCUUGUGAAGAUUCACAAAAGCUAGCUAUUGAGGUAACUUCAGCAACAUCUGCAGCAGUACCAGAAGCUUCUUCUCCAACAGCAACUACUCCAGCUCCUUCUUCUGGUGGUGAUAUACAAUCUUCUCCUUCAUUCCCAUGGCCUUUUCGUCCUCAUCAAGGUUCUUCACCAGGUCCAGCACCAACACCAGAAGCAAGCUCACCAGUAACAGUUCCAUUAGUGCCAUUUAAAGGUAGUGGUGAUGGCAUGCCUUUUAUUAACAGUAACCCCGCAGUUCCUCUGCCUACUGGUGAAGUUGAUUCUGCUACCAUAAAUCCAAUUCCUACUUCUGGUCAUCAAGGACAGGUGAUGAUUGGACCAUUUGGAUUUCAUAUUGCUGUGCACAUUAUGGCUUUGCUAUUGCUGUAAGAAGAAAGAGUUGUUUUGUAGGCCAUAUUUAUGUAAAAAAAUGGGGUAGGGAAGGUAAACCAAAUGAAAUGUGGUGAAAUGGAUAUAAAGUAGCUUUAAGAGUGAUGAUUAUACCAUGUAUUAAGAUGCUCUUACAUUCUACUUUAGAGUUUUUAGUACUUUUUGCAAUGUAAUUUAUUUCUACUUUUGCUUUUUAUUAAUUAUUCCCUUUUUGAUUUGAUGUUAA